AUGGCAGAAGUCGCGCCUGCAGCGCCCGUAGCGGCGGCUCCGGCUUCGAAGGCGGCGGCGAGGAGAGCGGCGGGCGUUGCGAAGGCGCGGAAGCCGGCCGGCCCCAGCGUGACGGAGCUGCUGAUGCAGGCGGUGACGGCCUCCAAGGAGCGCGGCGGCAUCUCCUUGGCCGCGCUGAAGAAGUCCCUGGCGGCGUCGGGCUACGACGUGGAGAAGAACAACAGCCGCAUCAAGCUGGGCCUGAAGAGCCUGGUGACCAAGGGGACGCUGCUGCAGACGAAAGGCACGGGAGCCUCGGGCUCCUUCAAGCUCAACAAGAAGCAGGCCGAGCCCAAGGACAAGGCGGCCCGCAAGAAGCAGCAGCCGACGGCAGCCAAGAGCGCCAAGAAGCCCACCAGCGCCGCCGCCAAGAAGGCGAAAAAAGCUCCGGUGGCCGCCGGGGCGAAGAAACCCGCCAAGAAGGCGGUGAAGAAAUCCCCCAAGGCGGUCAAGAAGCCCAAAGCAGCGGCGGCUAAAGCGAAGAAAGCGGUCAAAAGCCCCGCCAAAGCCAGGGCGGCGAAGCCGAAAGCGAAACCCAAGACUCCCAAAGCCAAAGUGGCGAAGCCCAAGAAAGGCGUGGCGAAGAAGUAAGCUGCUCUCGGGCGGCUCCAGGUGCGAGUCCUCGUUGCUUGCAAAAAACCCCCAAAGGCUCUUUUAAGAGCCACCCACA